AGGGUGAGGAGCCAGGGUGAGGAGCCAGGGUGAGGAGCCAGGGUGAGGAGCCAGGGUGAGGAGCCAGGGUGAGGAGCCAGGGUGAGGAGCCAGGGUGAGGGACCAUGCUGAGGAGGAAGAGGAGCGUCUCCUUUGGAGGUUUUGGAUGGAUUGAUAAAUCCACGGUCAGCGCUCUGAGAGCUCGUAAACAGGAGCAGCUCAACGUCUCCAAUGUUUCUGUGGCAGACCGCCCCCCCUCCCCGCCCCGCACAGCCCCACCCACCAUGAAGGCUGCACACUUCUUUGACCAAAUGGACAGGAUGGAGCAGGUCCUGGAGACGUCAGAGAUGAGGACCGUCCCUCAGAGACAGAAGGACGACUACAUUCCCCAUCCUAGAAUAGAGGAGGUGUUGGAGCGGGGGGCGCCGUACCCCCAGGUGAUCUUACCCGUCUUUGGAGGUUACUGGAUCGAAGCUCAUGAGGCUCCGCCCACUUCACUGGAGAACAGGAAGGAGAAAGAGCGGGAGGAUGAGGAGGAGAAGACGGGCUCUAAAGGAGCUGUGGAGGAAGAGGAGACACCUGCAGGGGAUUAUGGGUACCCUCUGGAGGAGAAGAACGACGCGGCGCGGGCAUAUAGACGACACUUCUUCUGUGGAGAACAUUUCAACUUCUACUGCUCCCACGGCAGUCUGGGAAAUCUGCUGCUGUCAGUCAGACAUGAGGCCGAGCAGCUGGAGGGGGAGGAGCUUCUACAUGUCAUCGUCAGGUCGAGGCUCAAAAGUGUUUACCACAGACUGCCACUGGGGGAGCUGCCAGAGAUUCCCAGUGUCCCAGAACUCGCCAAGCUGUUGUGUGAUGAAGCCGCAGGUCUGUGUUUCAGUCCUGUCCUUUACCUGAAGGCGUCUCAGCUCAUUGUCAGCUACGACGAGCACGAGGUCAACAACACCUUCAAGUUUGGCGUCAUCUACCAGAGGUUUGGACAGGUGUCUGAGGAGGAACUGUUCAAGAACCACCAGGAAACACCGGCGUUCACAGAGUUUCUGCAGCAGCUGGGAGACACGGUGGAGCUGCAGGACUUCAGAGGGUUCCGUGGAGGUCUGGAUGUUUCCCACGGUCAGACGGGGUCUCAGUCUGUCUACACCGUCCACAGAGACCAGGAGGUCAUGUUCCACGUGUCCACCAAGCUGCCCUUCACAGAGGGAGACACGCAGCAGCUCCAGAGGAAACGUCACAUAGGAAACGACAUCGUGACGGUGGUGUUCCAGGAGGAGGCCACGCCCUUCGUCCCUGACAUGAUCGCCUCCAACUUCCUCCACGCCUUCGUGGUGGUGCAGGUGGAGAACGCCGUCAGUGACGUCACCAGCUACAAGGUGGCGGUCACUGCCAGAGAGGACGUCCCUCAGUUUGGGCCCCCCCUCCCACAUCCCCCCAUCUUCAAGAAGGGUCCAGAGUUCCGGGACUUCCUUCUCACCAAGCUCAUCAACGCCGAGAUUUCCUGCUACAAGAGUGAACGUUUUGCCCGACUGGAGGAGCGCACCCGCGCCGCCCUGCUGGACAGUCUGAACGACGAACUGCAGAGACACAGCCAGGGCAUGCUGGGUAUGACAUCAGGGGUGGAGGAGGAGGGACGUGCUGAGAACGGACACGCCCACGGAGGACUGCUGGACUCCAUUAAGCGAGCGAUGAGAGGACGGAGUGUUUCCAUGGAAACCAUGUCACGGGGCGGGGCUUGUUUACCUACAAGUCUGAGUGGAGGAGGUCUGACCCACAUCAGUUGUCAGUACAACAGUAAGUCUCCAGUCAAGCGUCGCUCCGGUCUGUUUCCUCGUCUGCUCAGUGUGGACAGUCAGACAGAGAGACUGGUCCAGAGGAGUGAACAGAAGAUUGUGGACGGCUGUCCCACCUCGCUGGAAACCAGGUUCGAGCUGACGUCCAAUCCCAGCUCUCCGGAGGCGGGAUCUCGAGACAGGACUCACCUGAAGAAGAACAGUUCCAUGUCCCGGUCCUCGUCCAGUUCCUGCAGCUUCAGUCUGUCUGUGGACGGCUCUGCUCCGGCUGCUGAAGGUUCGAGUCCAGUCAUCAUCUGCCGUAGUCCUUCAGAGAGCAGAAAUAAAAACUCUCCAAGAUCCAACCUCAGGUUUCGCUUCGACAGACUGAGUCAGUCUACACUGCAGCAGCAGCAGUAACAGCAGCAGCCGUGACAGCAGCAGCAG